AUGGCGGCUACCUCUUGCUCUCCGGGUCCCUCUGACACUGUUGGGCUGAGAGCGAACCGAGCAUGCAGAAAUUGUGUCCAGAUUAAGGCAAAAUGUGUUCCCUUCCAGGGAUCCGACAUCUCCAUAUGCGAGAGAUGUCAUCGACUUGGUCGUCAGUGUACAACUCCUGCAGCCUUGCCUCGUAAGCGCGGGCGCAACAAGUCAACGCGCGUGGCUGAGCUUGAAGAGAAAAUCAACAAGUUAACGAAUCUUUUGUCUGCCGACCAAUUGCAUCAUGAGGAACCGAAUCAACCAGAUGCCACCAGGAAUGAUCAGUCACUGCCCACGCCACCAUUAUCAAUCGGUCUCGAUCCACGGCCUCUCCCGCCUGCCGGAAAUGUCGACCAAAGGUGUAAGCCUGGCAUUGAUGAAGCUGCCGCUUUGCAGGCGGAUAUCAAGUCUAUCUUCCGUACCGAGUUGCCACCUGUAGUAGAGGAAAGGCUUUUUAGUGAUUUCCGAACAACCUUCAACCAAUAUUUUCCUUACGUCGUCAUUCCACCUCAGGCAACGACUGCCGCAAUUCGAAAAGAGAAACCGUUCCUCUUUCGGACUUGCGUCUCUGCAGCAUGCCAUACGGACCCUGUGAUACAAAAGCAGGUAGCAGAAGAGCUGCUACGCUAUAUUGGCGAACGAAUGCUGAUCAGGUCGGAGAAGUCGCUUGAUAUCCUCCAGGGUUUGCUAGUAUUCAUUUCUUGGUAUCAAUACUACAACAACUACAAUCAUCAGUUGAUGAAUUUGCUCCACCUUGCCUCCGCUAUGGCCAUCGAUUUGGGUCUGAAUCGACCGACAUACUCGGGGCCAUGGCCCCCAAUUGGAAUGGUAAUUGAUACCAGUCAACUCAUCCAUGGAAAACCGCUUUCCCCAGGGGUACAAACAUCUGACGAGCGACGGGCACUCCUUGGACUUUACUUUUUCCAAGCGAGGUUAUCUGCAUGCUUUUCAACGGUCGAUUUUAUGCAGUGGUCGCAACACCUCGAGGAUUGUUGUACCUCGCUACUCUCCUCCUGCGAAUACCCUUCCGACGUUGAAGCCGUUCAGGGCGUCCGACUUACUCGACUUCUGGAACGAUAUUCACCUUAUACGGGCGUAAUAACCUUGAAGAACGUACCCAUCAAAGCUUUCGUAGAUUGCUUCCUGGAAGAUUUACAUCGCGUCAAGCAAGGAUUCCCCGCCAGUCUUAGCAAUGAUCCUGUCUUCCAAAUGCAGAUUUGUGAUGCCGAAUUGACAAUAUAUGAGUCUGUUGCAGCGUCAGAGCAAGAUACCCCACUUGAACGAGCUGAAGCGCUGCACGCCGCACUUGGAACUAUUGACAACCUCAUUAACAAUUUCACAAGGGUGUCGGCAGGUUCAAUACCUCAUCUGCCGUUCCUCUCAUGGAUUCAUAUCCUCCAUUGUUACAUUGUCUUAGCGAAGCUUUCGUUCCUUGUUGUAGAUGGCUGGGAUCUACAAUAUGUUAGGACAGGACGCACCAACUUCCCGGCAAUGAUUUCUCGUAUUGUGGAAGUACUUGAGGCUACAACACGAUACAGUAUGGGCGAAAAGCUGAGACCAAAUGCUGUCUCUGCACGAUACACUGUGUAUGCGGAGAAGAUGCGUUCAUGUUUGAAAUGGUACAACAAUAAGCUCAAAGCAGAGACCGAAUCGCAACAGUCAUCUGUUGCUGAUCUAGGCCCUGCUCUGCCAACGGUGGACUCUACAUUUGAGGGCUUCUUCGAAGGCUUCGAUGAUAGUUUCUGGACGGAUCCCAGCAUGGACUGGGCGAGCGCAGGAGUACAGUCAUGA